UGACCGGCCUCAAGCAGUUGUCCUCGUGGCUCUGAGGUCACGCAACACUAACCCUCUCUCUGUUUCAGGUACCCAACGAAUUAAUCAACUUCCGCAGUGUAGGCAGCCGGGAAGUAACAACCGUCCACACACUUGCAAAAGCACACGAAGCCUUCCUGAGUAUCAUUCCCCUUUACUGUGAUUAGACGAUCAAACGGUUGCUCAGUAACACAUGGUUUUAUUUCAGUACUCGAAUUGUUUUCCACUUGUGUGAAGGGAUCAGAGUGUUGUAUCUCAUUUUUUCCGUAGUAUUUUACGCCGCUUAAAGCUGUACACUUCAUUUUGUGUACAGUGAAGGAAUAACUGAAACUUAUCCCACUUCAUGAUUUUUCUUAAAGCAGGAAUACAGCAUACCUUGAAACUUAAAAGUUUUUACAAGUUUUAAGGGCUCAGAUUACCCCCAGUUGUUUGUCCGAUUAUCCUAACAUUAAACAACCAAUUGUUUCUGUGAAUUCCAGAAUAUGGUUCUGACGCCAAUUUUCCGUUUGGAGCAAACGGAUACAAAGCUUAAAGUUGUUAUACACGCUCCUUUGGCAAAGAUAUCAGAAAUGGAAGUAUGCGUUGAGGAUCAAACGUUUUAUUUCGAUUCUUCUCCAUAUUAUCUUAAAUUUGAUAUUCCUGGUUCUGUGGUGACGGAUGAGGAUACAUUUGAUUUUGAGUUCGUUGAUGGAGAUGUACACGUCACACUGGAAAAAUCAGAACCUGGGUAUUUCAAAGAUUUAGAUUUGAUUUCAAAACUACUGAUAACAUCACCUGCACCUAAAUCUCAGAAGAGUUUAAUUGAAGAACUUAGUGACUCAGAGACACCACAAACAAACUGGUCACUUGAUUGGCUCAGCACAUCAGAAAAUAAGUAUUCAACACAGGAAGAAAUAAUUAUUUCGAAGCCAACUUAUGGUUUUAGUGGCUCUAAGUCUGGACUGUUCACAGUUGAAUCCGACUUAACACAUGCUGUCGACUUAUCAGAUCCAGACGGUGUUGAUGCUGCUAAACGUUCGGAACUCAGGAAAAUAGAAGAGGAGAAAAAGUUUUCAGCUGAUCAUUAUCUUGCAGAUUAUUUUGAGCCAGAUUCUUGGAUGCAUAUGUCUGACGUUGAUCUUCCUUGGGCAAUUAAUGAUUCUCCAGAUUUCUCCUUAGAUGAAAGACAUCGUUUAAUCACUCUCUCAUCUCGCCGACUUCCUCCUCCACCGGAGAGUGCUGAGGAAGAGAAAUCUUUAUACUUGGGCUUACUUGAUUUAUUAUUUGCAUAUGUGUAUGAUUUUAAAAUUCGUGAAGGUGAUGAAAUGAGUGAAUCUGGAUGGAAUAUUGUCAAACUAGCAGCUACACUUUCGUGGUUCGAGGUUUAUCACUCUUUACCUGAGGUUCUUGUAUCAUUCUACAGGCGAGCACUUACGUAUCCUCUUGUACGAAGUUGGCGAUUUUGCACUAUCAUUAAACGAAAUGUUUCUCAUCUUCUAAAGCUUUCUAAUGCUAAAGAAUGGUGUUUAAAGUGUCUGUUAGAAAUUCGUGAAUUGUUAAUUGCCUAUCCUGGUUAUCAUGUAUUCGCAGAGUUAUACCUUAAUGAUUACAUUGUAUGGAUUCAGACUCGUGCAUGUCAAUCUAAGCUUAAUGAUCUUGGCAAGAGUUUAGAAAAUUAUAAAAUGACUAAAGAUCUAAUUGGUUUACAACUGAAAGAAAUUGAACAAGUUGGUCGUGAAUGCUUAGAAAUGGAAAAGCUUCAAAUGUCAUUGAAGGAAGCUUCUCUUUGUGAAAAUCAAGCGAAAAAGCCGGAUGAAUCAGAAAUACUGUAA